UGGGAAACGGUGAUGGAGGCGACGAAGGCCAUGGCGAGCGAGCGCGGUGGCGAUAAGAGAAACGACGACGGAGAGAUGAAGAGAAGGGAGAGCGAGCGCGGCGAUUAUUUUUGUCAUAAAAAAGGCCAUCACUAUCGUUGGUAGCGGUUGAUGCCAUCCACCGAUGCUUUCUCUGGAGGUGAAGAUGUACAUAUCGAAGGGAGAAGAUGGUCAUUCAACACGGAAGAACUAUGACUUUGAAAAGGUGUGGGAAUAAUUGAGAUGCUUAACAUACUAGAAUUUGAGACCCGGCUUGAUACGAGUCAGCCUUCUGGAUCUCUUCUAAACGACUAUGAAGGUCGACGAAGGAAGCUUGGCGAUGAACUAAGACGAAGGAGCAGGCUUCUCGGCGGGUUUAUUCGAUUCUAUCAAUUGGUCAGAGAAGAAGGAAGAGGAGCGCCGUACAAGAGGAUAGAACAAGUUUUGGUCACGACGACUGCCCAUCGAAGACAUAUCGAAGUAUAAUGGAUCAAGUUGAUGAUGUUGAUGUUGUUGAUGUGAACUCAACUGUGAACUUCACUCCAUUCUUGAGCACUUGCUUUUCUUCUAAACAAUGGAUUCCAGCUUUCCUCCUGAUUGUACACCUGUUGUUGGUAUGACUUCCUCUUCCUUAGGAGAUGCUAAGCUCUUUUACAAUCAGUAUGCUUCGAUGUGUGGAUUUGAAGUGCGGUUAGGAAGUGAUAAUAAACAUUGAGAUGGUACUGUUUUAAGGAAAUAUUUUCUAUGCAACAAACAAAGUUUUAAAGAGGAUAGUGACAAUAACCAAAAGCAUGUGCUUAAAUCUGAAAAACAGAAAUCUGGUAAAAGUGCACCUCGCCGAACUGUCCUAAAGAGAACAGGCUGUGGUGCUUGUAUGAAAGUCCGUUUUUCUUCUUUUGGUUCUUAUACAGUAUACCAGUUUCAUGAGCCACAUACACAUGAGUUUACUACUCCCAAGAGUCAAAUGUUUCAAAAGCAAAACCGUAAUAUGACUGUGGUUCAUAAGAAAUUUAUUUUUGAAAUGUGAAGCUUAACAAGGGAGCAAGUUUGUCUUUUCAUGUGAUGAAAGAACAUGUCGGUGAGUAUGCAAACAUUGGUGCUUCUUUAGUUGAUUUUAAGAACUGUUAUCGUGAUUUGAAGACAUAUGUUAAAUAUGGAGAUGCGCAUAUGUUUAUUGAGUCUUUUAAGCAAAAGGUUGCUCAUUCAAGUGGUUUCUUUUUUGAUUAUGUUGUUGAUGAGACUCAGAGAUUGACUAGAGUUUUUUGGGCAGAUGCAUUAUGUAGGAAACAUUAUGCAUUGUUUGGUGAUAUGGUUACUUUUGAUUCCACGUUUUCUACGAAUAAAUAUUCUAUGGUUUUUUCACCUUUUACUGGGGUAGAUAACCAUCGUAAAUGUAUUACCUUUGGGUCUGCUUUGAUUGCUAAUGAGGAUGAUGAUUCAUAUACAUGGGUUUUUGAGACAUUCUUGCGGUGUAUGGGUGGUUGUCAGCCUAUAAGUAUCGUGACAGAUCAAGACCCUGCUAUGAAAAUAGCUAUACCCAGAGUUUUUGAC